UUUAAGUCAAGGGUUUGCGGCCAAAGCCAACUUCAACCCUAAAACCCCAAUUCUCUCUCCCUCCCAAUUUUCAAACCCUAAUUUGCGCAGCUUCCUCCCCAUUCUUCCUUCCAUCAGUUUGGAGCUGUGGAUGCUUGAUUUGCUGUAAUCAUGACAGCCAAAGCAAGCAUUCUUCGAAUCACUUACUCAACCGAGCUUUUAGAAGGAGGAGAACUCCAUGUCUCCUCAAAUUGUCUUCCUGUAAAAGCUUCACGCUUUGAACCCGCUGGUCAUUCUUUUCACGAUGUGGCACUCAAGCUCUGCGGUUGUUUUAUGGAUGAAAAGAAAGAGGUAGAAGAGACUGACGAAAGCGUUCCGAAAGAAAAAGAUCAGGACUUUAUGCAAUCAUCCGGUUCGUAUAGCAGUGGGAAAGGUAAAAAGAAGUCCGGUGAUGGAGCCAACCAACAAGAUCAUUACGCGUUGUUGGGUUUGGGUAAUUUACGGUAUUUGGCGACCGAUGACCAAAUCAGAAAAAGUUACCGUGAAGUAGCUUUGAAACAUCAUCCUGACAAGCAGGCGUCGCUUCUUCUUUUGGAAGAAACGGAAGCCGGUAAGCAAUCGAAAAAAGACGAGAUCGAGAACCAUUUCAAGGCGAUUCAAGAAGCGUACGAGGUUUUAAUCGAUCCGGUGAAAAGAAGGGUUUUUGAUUCUACGGACGAGUUCGACGAUGAAAUUCCAACCGAUUGUGGCUCGCAAGAUUUCUUUAAGGUGUUCGGGCCUGCGUUUUUGAGAAACGGACGGUGGUCUGUUACUCAACCGACACCUUUGUUAGGAGAUGAAAACACCCCGCUUGAUGAUGUCGAUUUGUUUUAUGACUUUUGGUACGGUUUUAAAAGUUGGAGAGAGUUUCCGCAUGAUGAUGAAUACGAUCUCGAGGAUGCCGAGUCGCGUGAGGAGAAACGGUGGAUGGAAAGACAGAACGCAAAGCUUUCCGAGAAAGCGAAAAAAGAAGAAAGCGCAAGGAUACGGUCUCUUGUCGACAAUGCGUAUAAAAGAGACCCGAGAGUUUUGAAACGAAAAGAGCUGUUGAAAGCCGAAAAACAGAAGAAAAAAGAAGCGAAAUUUAUGGUGAAAAAACUUCAAGAGGAAGAAGCUGCGAGAGUUGCGGAAGAAGAAAGACGUAAGAAAGAAGAAGAUGAAAAACAAGCCGCAGAGGCUGCGGCACAGCAGAAGAAAAUAAAGGAAAAAGAGAAGAAGUUAUUACGUAAAGAACGAAGCCGUCUUCGAACCGUAUCAACAAACGUGGUGGAUCAGCGUCUGCUUGAUCUUAACCAAGAUGAUGUCGAAAAUCUUUGCAUGUCACUAGACGUUUUAAAACUAAAAAGCUUAUGUGAUGACAUGGAAACACAAGAAGAAUGCGUGCAAGCCGAGCUCCUUAAGAAAGCGCUUGAUAACCUGGAUCCUUCCGAAAAGGAUAACAAUAACAAUAAUAAUAUUUCAGCUUCCAGUCAACGAAAUGGGUCUGUGAAAGUCAACGGAAAUGUUCAGAAACAAAAAAAGGAGAAACCGUGGGCGCAGGAAGAGAUCGAGCUUUUGCGAAAAGGGAUGUCGAAGUACCCUAAAGGAACUUCUAGAAGGUGGGAAGUUAUAUCGGAGUACAUCGGGACCCACCGCCAGGUGGACGAGAUUCUUAAAGCAACAAAAACCGUUCUUCUUCAAAAACCCGAUCCCACAAAAGCGUUUGAUACGUUUCUCGAGAAAAAGAAACCCUCACAGCCGAUUUCAUCUCCUCCGACAACUCAGGAAGAAAACAAAACGGUGGAGGUCAACCAAAAUACAAACGAAGUUGUCGAAAAUGGUGUCGAAAGUGGUGUCGAAAAUGGUACGAAUUCGGAUUCCGAUGAAUGGUCUGUUGGUCAAGUAACCGCGUUGAUUCAAGCUCUGAAAACGUUCCCGAAGGAAGCUAACCAGAGGUGGGAGCGCGUUGCGGCUGCAGUUCCGGGGAAAACGGUUAACCAGUGCAAAAAGCAGUUUACUUUGCUCAAAGACAAAUUUAAAACCAAGAAAAAGUAAUUUUCUGAAUCUUCUGGCUCUCCAAUUUUGACUUUCUGAAGGGUAAAACUUAUUUAUUGUUACAGUGCAGAUGAGGUUUAAUCUAUGAACUACAAACCCUUAUUCAUUAUCAAUAUUCUUUGUUAAGAACUUAAGGUGCAAUUUAGUAGGUUACAAUUUAUGUUAUUAUAUAUUAUUAUUGCGAAUUCAGACGGUUCGGAUGGUUGUUUAACGUAUGGGAUCAUAUUUUUUGUUGCUAAUGUUGUUCGGAUUAGUUGAAACUGUUUGAAUUUA